AAUUCGCGCUGAUCGAUUAGUAAAUUACGACGACGCCGUUUACUGGAAAGCUCGAGCUCGGAAAAGUUUUCAGACUCCCUCCUCCGUCUUCCUCGAAAGAAUUUCGGCGCAGCGGCGAGCGGGUUCUGGAAAUUGAGUGGAAAUGUCGACUGUUUACGUGCUAGAGCCGCCGACGAGGGGGAAGGUCGUAUUGAAUACGACGUGUGGGCCGCUCGACAUCGAGCUAUGGCCUAAGGAAGCUCCAAAAGCCGUCAGAAAUUUCGUUCAACUCUGUCUCGAAGGCUAUUACGAUAGUACCAUCUUUCACCGGAUCAUCAAGGACUUCAUUGUUCAGGGCGGCGAUCCUACCGGCAGUGGCACAGGUGGUGAAAGUAUCUAUGGGGGUGUUUUCCCAGAUGAGUUUCACUCACGGCUAAGAUUCAAGCACAGGGGCUUAGUAGCAUGUGCAAAUGCUGGGUCACCUCAUUCAAAUGGAAGUCAGUUUUUUAUAACCUUGAGUCGAUGUGAUGACCUUGACAAGAAGCACACUAUUUUUGGAAAGGUCACUGGGGAUUCUAUAUAUAAUCUAACAAGUUUGGGUGAGUUUGAAACUGACAAGGAUGACCGUCCUGUGGAUCCACCCAAGAUUAAAUCAGUCGAGGUAUUAUGGAAUCCAUUUGACGAUAUCGUUCCAAGAGCGCCUGCAAAGCCUGGGAUCCCAUCCACUGUUGAUUCUGACAACAAGGACAUUAAGAAGAAAGCUGUGAAAAAACUUAAUUUACUAUCAUUUGGAGAAGAAGCUGAAGAAGACGAGAAAGAACUGGCAGCUGUGAAGAAAAAAAUUAAGAGCAGUCAUGAUGUAUUGGAUGAUCCACGUCUGCUGAAGGACGUGAUUCCAAGCAGUGAAUUGGACAAUAAAAGAACAAGGGAGAUGCAGCUAUCUGUUAGAGAAACUUUAGCAUCAAAGAAACAAGAGUCUCGUAGAGAUUCAGAUGCUGAAAAUUCUAACCUCCCUCAAUACAGCGACAGUGAUGAUGAUGAAGCUAACUUUGAUGCCCGAAUGCGUCAACAGAUAUUAAGAAAAAGAACAGAGUUGGGAGAUGCACCAUCUCACCACAAGUCUAAAAAUGGGACUUCUGACUCGAAGAAUAAUGAAGGAUCUACUCAAAGGUCCAGUGCUGAGAACACUAACCGUGAGCAACCAAAGGUUGAGAAGUUAUCUAUGAAGAAAAAAGGAAUUGGAUCUGAAGCAAGAGCGGAGCGAAUGGCUAAUGCUGACUCGGACUUGCAGUUAUUGGGUGAAGCUGAAAGAGGGAGACAGCUGCAAAAAUUGAAGAAGAGGAGACUGCAAGGACGUGAAGAUGAAGUUUUGGCCAAACUUGCGAAUUUUAAGAAAGCCAUUUCUGGAAAACCAACAACUUCAAGCGCCGAAUCUGAGGGUGGCAAUGAUGAGUUGUCAGACUGGAAAUCUGCUGGGUUAAAGUUCACACCAGAACCUGGGAAGGACCGCAUGACUCGUAGUGAUGAUCCAAAUGACUAUGUUGUGCAUGACCCUCUUCUCGAGAAGGGGAAAGAAAAAUUCAACAAAAUGCAAGCCAAACAAAAGCGACGCGAGCGGGAAUGGGCUGGCAAAUCUCUUACUUAACCCGUCAGUCAAGACUCAGAACAUGGGUUCAUGGGUAGGUUAAAUGCCAGAUUGACUUGGCUCCAUUUUUUACCGUCGAACCAGAUCAAAACUGCACUAGAUUCCCACGAAGACGUUGGAAAUUUAUUGAGGUUCAUCAUUGGCAGCCAGUUGUUUCAGACACGCAAAUUUCUGGAUCUGGAUUGACAAACGGGACACAACUCUCUCCAUUCACAUCCCAACGUAUCCUUUAUCUGUAGUUUCCUUUUUAAUUCCUUGUAACUUGUUCAAGAUAGUAGAGAGAGAAAAAAUGGCUUCCCCACCCAUCAGAAUGUGAUUAUUUCCCAUGGAUUAAGUUCUAGAUUUGUUUGAUACAAAUUGCAGGAAUAUGGAUAUCCUCGAAGCUUCUUUGCACA